GCAAUCAGACCCGAUUUAGCAUUUUAGUCGAGACUAGAGAGGAGAGAGAGACAAACAUUUCUCCAUUUCUCUGGACACAAACGGUGCCAGUUGCUGUGAUUUUUUCCUCCUCUCUUCGAACUAAUGGCGGAAACAACGAAGAGAGUUGCAGUAGUCACGGGAUCAAACAGAUGGAUUGGGUUUGAGAUCUGCCGACAGCUGGCGAAUAAUGGAGUAACUGUUGUUCUUACUGCUAGAGAUAAGAGAAAAGGUCUUGAAGCUGUCGAAACUCUCAAGAAGGAGAAUGGUUUCUCUGAUCAAGACAUCGUCUUUGACCGACUGGAUGUGUCUGAUCCCCACAGUAUUGCUUCCCUUGCUGAUUUCGUCAAGACCCAGUUCGGGAAACUCGAUAUACUGGUUAAUAAUGCCGGUGUUGGUGGGGCUAAUGUUAACGUCGAUGCCCUAAAAGCUCAAGUUGCUGAGAGUGGUGCACCAACCAAUAUAGCUGAGAUAAUGUCUGAUACAUAUGAGAUAGUUGAAGAGUGUAUCAGAAUAAACUAUUACGGGGUAAAAGGAAUGUGUGAAGCAAUGGCUCCUCUCCUUCAGUCUUCAGAUUCUCCAAGAAUCGUCAGCAUCGCCUCCUCCAUGGGAAAGUUGGAGAACGUUUCCAAUGAAUGGGCAAAAGGAGUGAUGAGUGAUGCUGAGAACCUGACAGAGGAGAAAGUGGAUGAAGUACUGAGAGAGUACCUCAAGGAUUACAGAGAAGGCUCGUUACAAGAGAAAGGCUGGCCAACUGUUAUGUCUGGUUACAUUCUCUCAAAGGCAGGGGUGAUUGCCCUGACCAGGAUUCUUGCCAAGAAGUGCCCUUCAUUCUGCAUCAACAGUGUUUGCCCUGGUUUUGUAAACACUGAUAUCAAUUUCCAUACAGGGAUUUUGCCAGUUGAAGAAGGCGCCGCCAGUCCCGUGAGGCUGGCCUUGCUCCCUCAAGGCAGCUGCCCUUCUGGCCUUUUCUUUGACCGCUCUCAAGUCUCGUCCUUCUGAUCUGUGUCAUCAUCAUCUUGAACUUUCAUGAGCUCUGAUAAUGAUAGGUGUGUGCUUUUGGUGUUCAAAGGAGAAGAGAUGUAAGAUUCUUUGUGCCUGUAUUAUGAAUCACCAUGUGACCAUUUCUCAACGAAUCUCGAAUGUUGUCAGACCAGACCCUAUUGUGGUGAA